GUCCAUACAUAUUUACUCUAGUUACUAGCCAGUAACGAACAGUUGGAGAUCGACCCGUACCUUGCACUGCCUUGUUGCGCAAUGACAUACGACGAAAGCACCUAGCGCAAACGGUCGACUCCAGAGCCUCCACGAGCGACACACGCCAAUGCAACCGUCCCGCCCGACACAAUGAGCAGCAGCACGACGAGGGAUGCUCGCCACGGCGCACGCUCACGAUCGCCCAUGUCGCCCGUUCCCGCCUCACCCUCGAAACGGUCGCGCGAGGACGACUACCACCGCGACGCCAAACGCCGUGCUACGUCUAGACAAGGCUCUGUAGAUCACCGCGAAGGCGAGAGUCGCACCCACCGCCAUGACAGAGGCUCCCGGCACGAUCGUGAGAGCCGCCCACGCUCCCGCCAUCGCGGCGGCGAACGCACCGACCACGAUAGAAGCGACCGCCACCACCACCACCACCAUCGGCAUUCAAAGCCCUCCAAGAAGCCCGCCACUGCUGCCUCCGCACCCGAGCUUCCCUACGGCGCCCGCCCCCUCCUGUACAAGACGGACCUGGAGCAGUUCCGUCCCAUUCUGGCGCGGUACCUCGACGUGCAGAAGCAGCGCGACAUGUACAGCAUGGACGAGCGGGAGAUCCGGGGCCGCUGGAAGAGCUUCGUGGGCAAGUGGAACAGCGCCGAGCUCGCGAGCGGGUGGUACGACCCGGACGUUUUCGCCACCGCCGUGCUCGAGGACCGCGCCGUGAUGGCGGAAAUCGCUGCUGCCGGCGGCGGCGUCGGCGGGGCAGGCCUUGGAGGUGGGGGACAUGACUCCAAUGGCGGCAAGAGUCGGCGAGACGAGCCGCGGCAUGAACACGGGGAGUCGUCUCGACGCGGACAGGGCUCAAGGGAGGAAUCUGGGGCUCCUCUGAACCACCGGGGCUCGAGCAGCGGACAUACAGAGGGCAGCCCGGGACAGCCGCACGACAGACAAUCCCAUUCCGCCCUCAAUGAUAGUAAUGCCGACGACGACGACGACAACGACGAAGACUACGGCCCAACCCUACCAGGUACCGGCACCAACAGCACCGGCCGAUCCCAAAGAACCCAACACCAGGCCGCCGCCCCGAGCAUGCCAAACCUCCAAGACCUCGCCCUGCGCCGGGAGCUCGUCGCCGAGGCCGACGAGCAGUCGCGCGCUGACGCGGUGGCCCAGCUCCGCGCCGACCGCAGGGCGGACCGGGUGCUCCAGAAGGAGCGCCUCGAGGACCUGGUCCCGCGCGCGGACCCGGGCUCCCGCGAGCGCAGGCUCGAGAAGAGGCGCGAGGUCAACGACAAGAUGCGCUCGUUCCGCGACGCCUCCCCCACGGCCGAGGUCGACGACCGGGACCUCAUGGGCGGCGGAGACGGCGGCGGCGGCGGUGCCGACGACAUUGCCGAGCUCAAGAGGCAAAAGGCCGCAGAGCAGCGGCGCAAGACCGAGCGCGAGAUCCGGCGCGAGGAGGAGGCGCGUGCGAGGGAGGCGGAGCGCGAGGAGAGGCUGCAGAGCUACAAGGACAAGGAGGACAAGACGAUGGCGGUCCUGAGGGAGCUUGCGCGGCAGCGGUUCGGGUAAUCUGGUCCAGAAGAAGGAAAAGGGGGCCUGGCGUUGAGAACGCAAAGCUACGGUUUUGUGGCACUAGAUGAUCGCCAUAAGUAAAUAGGCCAGUCCAAGAAGGAAUCUGAUGAACCGGCGGCAGUAGCAGCAGGGGGGUUG